UUUCCAAUAUUCCCCCUAAAGUGUGGGUGCAGGAAAACGUUUUCUCUAACUGUCCAGACAACUUGGACAGGACUUAGACACACAGAAGAAAAGAAGACUACGAAAAGGCAACCAUGGGGAAGAAGGUGGCCAUCAUUGGCGCUGGUGUCAGUGGUUUGGCUGCCCUCAGGAGCUGUCUGGAAGAAGGGCUGGAGCCCACCUGCUUUGAGAGGAGCAAUUACAUCGGGGGCCUGUGGAAAUUCUCGGACCAUGCAGAGGAGGGCAGGGCUAGCAUUUACCGAUCUGUGUUUACCAACUCUUCCAAAGAGAUGAUGUGUUUCCCAGAUUUCCCAUAUCCUGAUGACUUUCCCAACUUUAUGCACAACAGCAAGCUCCAGGAAUAUAUCACUGCAUUUGCCAAAGAAAAGAACCUCCUGAAAUACAUACAAUUUAAGACAUUUGUAUCCAGUGUAAAUAAAUGUCUUGAUUUCUCAAUCACUGGUCAGUGGGAAGUUACCACUGAAAAGGAUGGCAAAAGAGAAUCAGCUGUCUUUGAUGCUGUGAUGAUUUGUUCAGGACAUCAUGUGUACCCCAAAUUACCAAAAGAGUCCUUUCCAGGAUUAAAACAUUUUAAAGGCAAAUGCUUCCACAGCAGGGACUAUAAGGAACCUGGCAUAUUCCAGGGAAAGCGGGUCCUGGUGAUCGGCCUGGGGAAUUCGGGCUGUGACAUUGCUACGGAACUCAGUCACACAGCCAAGCAGGUCAUCAUCAGCUCCAGAAGUGGUUCUUGGGUGAUGAGCCGGGUCUGGGACGAUGGCUAUCCUUGGGACAUGGUGUUUAUUACUCGAUUUGAAACCUUCCUCAAGAACAAGUUACCGACAGCCAUCUCUGACUGGUGGUACAUGAAGCAGAUGAAUGCCAGAUUCAAGCACGAAAACUAUGGCUUAAUGCCUUUAAAUGGAACCGUGAGGAAAGAGCCUGUGUUCAAUGAUCUGCUCCCAGCUUGUAUUCUGUGUGGCACCGUAUCCAUUAAGCCUAAUGUGAAGGAGUUCACAGAGACCUCAGCCAUUUUUGAGGAUGGAACCGUGCUUGAGGCCAUUGACUGUGUCAUUUUUGCAACAGGCUAUGAUUAUGCCUACCCCUUCCUUGAUGACUCUAUCAUCAAAAGCAGAGACAAUGAGGUCACCUUGUUUAAAGGCAUCUUUCCUCCUUUCCUGGAGAAGUCAACCUUGGCAGUGAUUGGCCUUGUUCAGUCCCUUGGGGCUGCCAUUCCUACUGUUGACCUCCAGGCCCGCUGGGCAGCACAAGUAAUAAAGGGAACUUGUACUUUGCCUUCUGUGAAAGACAUGAUGAAUGAUAUUGAUGAGAAAAUGGGGGAAAAGUUUAAAUGGUUUGGCAAAAGUGAAACCAUACAGACGGAUUACAUUGUUUAUAUGGAUGAAAUCGCCUCCUUCAUUGGGGCAAAGCCCAACAUCCCAUGGCUGUUUCUCACAGAUCCCAAAUUGGCUGUGGAAGUGUUCUUUGGCCCUUGCAGCCCCUAUCAGUUUAGGCUGGUGGGCCCAGGGAAAUGGCCAGGAGCCAGAAAUGCCAUCCUGACCCAGUGGGACCGGUCACUGAAACCCAUGAAGACACGAGCUGCUGGGAGUCUUCAGAAGCCUUACUUAUUUCUCCGCUGGCUCAAGCUUCUUGCUGUUCCUAUUCUGAUAACUGCUGUUUUCCUUGUAUUGAUCUAAUCAUUAUUUCCUCUAGGAUUUCUAAAAGUUACUGACAAUACCCAGGCAGAAACUUUGCUAUUUAAAAAUUAAGAUUUUUCACACCUCCUACUUUCCUAUUCAGAAUCCUUUGCUACUACUGUGUAGACAUUAGUCAGUAAAACAGUGUUAUUUUUAGACUUUUAAUAAGCCCCUUUAAGAAUCAUGUUGUGAUCAAAAGAGAGUAUUAACCUUCUUUCCCUAGGUUCCGCUAACACUUUAUAAUCAGAACUAUGUUCUUUAAAUCUAACUUAAGUCACCUUCUGAGACAUUUUUAUGUGAUUCCUUUUCUUUCUUAAACUAUGUUUGAAAUAUGUACUUCAAAUCUAAACAACAAACAAAUUAAGCAGAAUAAUU